AUGACGACUCCAUUACCGGCUUUGCCUAACAUUGCGGUCCUUUCGCCACUUGUAACGCGAAUUCUAGGUCAGAAUCCGGGGCCGUUUUGUCUACAGGGUACAAAUACUUACCUGAUUGGCUGUCCAUCUCAGAAUGAAAGGAUUUUGAUUGAUACCGGUGAAGGGCUUGAUGCGUACGCCACGCUGCUGCACAAGUAUUUAAAGACAACGAAAUUCCGGCUUUCAGCCAUUGUUGUUACACAUUGGCAUCCAGACCAUGUCAAGGGAGUGCCAAGUAUCUUGGCAGGCUUGGACUAUUCGCCGGCUGUGUAUAAAGUGCUCAACCCCGAGAAAGACGAGCCGACUCGCAAGUAUUCGCCGCUGAAAGACGGAGACGUGCUCAAUACUGCUGGAGUCUCGCUAGAUGUUUUACACACCCCAGGUCAUGCGAGAGACCAUGUCUGUUUGUGGCUUGCCAAGGAAAAGUGCUUGUUCACCGCCGACAACGUUUUGGGACAUGGUACAACCGUUUUCGAAGAUUAUCAUGCAUACAUCACUUCCCUAAGAAGGAUGCUUGCUAUUCCAUCGUUGGGUCGACUAUAUCCAGGGCAUGGCCAGCUUGUGGAGGAUGGGCCUGCUAAAAUUAAGGAGUACAUUGAGCACCGACUCGAACGUGAACAACAGGUUGUUGAGGCCAUGCAAUCACUUGGCCGCGCCGUGGACUCCAUGGAAAUCACAAAGAUAAUCUACGGAGAGUCGCAGCACCCCAAGCUUUACGCUGCAGCUGAUAGGGGUGUCCAACUGUACCUCAUCAAACUCGAGCAUGACGGCGUAGUCCGUGAGUCCGAAAACCGGUGGACUCUGGUGCACGGUAAACUUUAA